CAACUGACGAAAUGAGAGAAAGAGACGGCAACAGAGAAAAUAGAACGAAAUUUGGGACGCUUUAUUGAGCGGCUUGAAUAAAUUGCGAAUCCUCGCCAGCGCCCGAAAUGCUGCCGUCCACGGGCCUCUUCAAGGGCUUUCUGUGCCCGUAUUUCGACGGCAAGGAUGCAGAGGCCUGCCGUCGUCCCUUUUGUCACUUCAAACAUGCCCGCAAAGACGAUGUGGAGGCCGCUCCGCCCGCAGAACCCGCCCCCGUGCCCGAGUACAAGCCGGCGCCCAAGCUGCUCUCCCUGCCACUGCCCCAGAUCGCGCUCUGUGCGCCGCGGAAGAAGUCCAACCUGGAGUACCACCCGGAGAAGCCGGCUCUGAACGCCUCGCCGGCAAAGAAGAAACAGGAGGCGGCCGUGGACAAUGCCCCCAAAUAUGUGCCCGGCCAGCCAUCAGCCACAAAUGGAGGAGGCUACGACGAUUGGCAGGCGGUUCUGGAAAAAGAGAUCGACGAGCAGAUGCAGGUGGAGAUCGAGGAACAAAGCCAGGAAAACAAUGACGAGGAAGAGGUGGUCAAAACACAGUCGGAGGAGCAGCCACAGAAAGUCGUUGACUGCCUCAAAAAGGAACACAAGUCGAGCAAGGAGCGGGAAAGGGACAAGGACAAGGAAAGGGAAAAAGUGAGAGACCGUGACAAGGAAAAGAUCAAUAAUAGGGAGAAGGAGAAAGACAUUUCAAAGGACAAAGAGAAGUCGAAAGAAAAAUCCAAAGAAAAGGACAAGGAAAAGGAGAAGGACAAGCGGAAGUCAUCCCAAAACGAAAAGGAUCGUUCCAAGGACCGCCACACCUCCAGCUCAAGUUCCUCCAAGCACAAGUCUUCCAGCUCGUCUUCCAGCAAGAAGUCCUCCAGCAGUGACAGGCAACGGGACGAGAAGAGCUCCAGUAGCAGGCACAAAAGCAGUUCCUCAUCAACCGCCUCGAAGAGUGACCACCACAACUCCAGGUCCUCGAGCUCGCGCUCCAAGUCAAAGAGCAGUUCAUCGUCCAGCAAGAACACCGGCACCUCCAAGAGUGAGCCAGAGGCGGAAAAGGAAACGGAAGCAGCUGCAGCACCGCCAGAACCCAUUGAUUGCCCCGACGAACUGGACUUUGACUUCGAGGUGGACACCUCUGAGGGGGAGAUAGUGCGCCAAUGCGAGAUGAUAUUCGACGAGAUGGAGAAGAAGUUCGCCCAGAUGCACAAGGACGAAUGCGGCGAAGCCAAUCCAGAAAGCUCUCGCAAGCGAAAGGCUCCUUCGCCGGACAUCGACACCUUCACAGAGGCGGCGACAGCGGCUUUGCAGAAGCGGCGGGUGGCCCACGAGAAGGCGGACAGGAUCAAGCCACACGCGGCUGCCUCGGUGGCGGUGCGCAAGCCCAAUCACAUCCGGAAUGCAAUGCAGGCAAUCUUCGACCGGCGGGCGGAACUGAGGCGCCAGGAGAAGUUGCAAGCCGAGGCCGCUGCCGAGCAGCUACGACUGGCCCAGGAGCGAGUGCGCCAAGCGCAGGAGGAGCUCCGUCUGGCCAAGGUCAACUCCAACCUUACGCCCCUCAUCCCGCGAAGCGCUUUGACUCCCCCAGUGCGUUCAGCUCGCAGCAUUGCGCCAGUGGCCAACAUAGUAGCCAUAGCUCGGGCCAAGAAGAAGAUUGAGGAGCUGCAGGCCGAGAAGAAGCCAGCCUUCACGCCUGCCCAAUCCUUUAAGAGCGCCGGUCGGGUGGCCCACAAGCCGACGGCUGCGCUGGACAAAGCUGCGCCGAUGGCCAGCGAGGCCAAUCCAGAAAAGCCCACCGUUCUGGAUCCAAGCAGCUCCAAAAUUUCCUACAACGUGCGCAUACAGUAUUACGAGAUGAUGGUGAAGCACUGCACCAUCAUCUAUCCGCAGCUAGCAGACGCAUGGGAGCGGGCCCAGGUGGAGGAGUUGGCCGUCUUCAAGAAGUGCAACACGCCUGCCAUCUACAAGAACAGCUGCAUGCUGGCGAUUAACAAGCUUCGCAAGGAAGCUAUCGAGGCGGGAAACAGACCAAGUGUGGCCAGCAAGACGGUCUCCCAUGAGAUGAUGCUGGGCGGCAAGCGGGCGCUCACCACCUCCUGGAGCGUAGAGAAAAAGGACAAACUGGGCUCCUUGGGCAAUGGCGAACCUUUCGACGCUUUGGACGCAGAGAAAGCGUACGAAAUGGUCUUCGAUCUGCGCCUAACGGAGGAGCAGUUGGUGGAGAACGGCUAUCCGCGACCGGGCGAGAAGCGGGGAUCAGCAAUAAUACGCGCCUGCCGACCCAACCGCCGGCCCAAUCAGAGCGAACGUUACUGUUCCCGCUGCGGCAAGGUGUUCAGCUUGGAUAUAUACGAGCACAAGGGCUUCGAUAUGUGCAACUAUCAUCCGAAAAGCACGGGCUACCGGCGAGGAUUCACGGACAACCAGCACCGCUGCUGUCAGCAGCCGGCUGGCACUCCGGGCUGCACCUAUGCCAAUUACCACGUAAGCGACUACUACGAUCCGGACAAGCUAACCUGUUUCGUGAAGACGAUCGAGCGGGGUGAGGAGUUGGUGCCCACCAAAAAGGAUAUCUUCGCAUUGGAUUGCGAGAUGUGUUACACGACUCAUGGAAUAGAGCUGACGCGCGUCACUGUGGUGGACAUUAACGGACGCAGCGUGUACGACGCUCUGGUCAAGCCGGAUAAUCAGAUUGUGGACUACAAUACCACCUACUCGGGCAUCACAGAGGCCAUGCUCUCAAAGGAGACGCGCAAUAUACGCGAUGUUCAGGCCGUGCUGAUGUCCAUGUUCCAUGCCAAAACCGUGCUCGUUGGCCACAGUUUGGAGAGCGACCUCAAGGCACUCAAACUCAUACAUGACGUGGUGGUGGACACCUCGGUGCUAUUUCCCCACAAGAUGGGUCCGCCAAAGAAGCGCGCCUUAAAGACACUCUGCAUCGAAAACCUAAAGCGUAUAAUACAAGAGAACGAGGCCGGCCACGACAGUGCCGAAGAUGCGGAGGUGUGCAUUCAGCUCAUCAAAUACUAUCUGCGCAACAAAAUCAGUUAAGCUGCCUUAAUGUACCACCAUCAGCAAUCAGUUCAAAAGCAUUACAUACAUCUGUUAAUUUGUAUAUCAUGCCCAUUAAGAAAUCAAAGCCUUAGCCCCUAACUGACCCAUAUUUUGUAAGCUCAAUCUGUAUUUAUAAAUAAACCAUUAAGCUUUCACAGCGGAAAA